GUGGGCCUCGCCGUGACCCCUCGCUGUGCCCCCCCCCAGGUUGAAGCGGCGAAGCGAGGAGGAAGGAGAUCGAUGGGCGGCGAGAGACCCGGAGCGGCGUUUCGGCCUGCAGCGAUGGAUGCGUGAUCUGCGGAACGCUGUCCGUCCGUCCGUCCGUCCGCUUGCAGCACGGGGUGGGGUGGUGUGGGGGGUCCACGCGCCUUGGCCGCUCCGCUUCGCCCCAUCCGAGGGACAGCCCGCAACCCGCCGACACCGCACGCAGAGCUGCUCGGAGGGCAUCGGGACACGAAGGCACUGCCAGCCGAACCGCGCCGCGAUGUCGCCCGUUGGGUGAGCUGCGGGAAGGCCCCGCGUGUCCCUCCGGCGAGGCCGGGCUGCCCGCAGGGAGCGCUGAGUCCGCGCAUCCCCUGCCCCGAGCCGGCCCGGCACCGGCUGCGUCCCUGGGAUGCUCAGCUCUGAGCGCAGCGCUGCAGCCGAGCCGCUCCGACCCGACGGGGUGUAUUUCGGGAGGAAGUUCUCAUCUCUGAAGGUGCCCUUGGACAGAUGAGUGAGAAAGUAAUGAACGGGCGGGUGCCCCUGCCUGAAAAAGCCUUGUCCGAGGGCUACGCGAGGCUGCGGUACCGGGACACCUCUCUGCUCAUCUGGCAGCAGCAGCAGCAGAAGUUGGAGUCGGCCCCCCCCAACACGUAUCUGAGCCGCAGCCGCAGCAUGUGGUACUCACAGUACGGCAAUGAGGCCAUCCUGGUGCGGGACAAGAACAAGCUGGACGUCUCCAGGGACACUGGGCAGUCCAAGUUCUGUGCUAUCAUGUAAUUUUGUGUCAGGGAUCUGCACGUGGACGCGAAGCAGGUUUGCACAACCACAAGGCUGUGUCCAAAGCAGCGCAUGGGGUGGGUCUGAGCUGCUGCUGGAGGUUUCUGUUGCUGUCGGUGGCAUCCCAUGUUGGGUUGCAAACUGUCUUGCUCAGGAUGUGAGAGCUGGCAGUGCCCAGCUGGACCACGUGGAUGGAGCGCGUUGAGAACUCGUCUCAGCCUUCAAAACACUGAGCAGGAAAGGCGCACUGCAGUUUCGCAGCAAAGUGCCCUUUCUGGUGCCAGUUUGGUGUUAUAGAAACAAAUGACAGGUGGCACUUUUGGAGCCAGUGCAGCAGAGUCCUUCUGUAGGAAGAAAGCAGCACACAGCUCCUGGAGGGCACUCGUUGGGUGCUGCCUGCAGGCAGAGGUUGGCUGCAGAAGGAAGCAGCCUGCUGAAGGUUGCUCAGCAUUUCAGUUUUGUUGCAUGUAGUCGCUUGGAUGGAUUUAUGUGCUAAUUCUGGUUGGAUGACAUCUCUCACUGUAGUAGAUUUGGCGUGUGCAUACUUGUUUGGCAGUGUUUGAUUCAGCCAAUGGAAGGCAAGGUCAGGCUGAGAACCACAGAAUCACAGAAUCACAGAUUGGCCAGGGUUGGAAGGGACCUCAAGGAUCAUGAGUCUCCAACCCCCU